AUGGGAUCCAGAACAAGACGUCAAACAAUAAGCAAACUCCAAAAAGAUAUGUUAACAUUAAGGUCGGUAAAAUAUUCAGAUAAUCAAGAGGAAGAAGAGAUAAUAAACAACAGACGCAGUCCUCUCAAGAAACGUAUAACCUCAACGUAUUCUAGAACUGAGACAAUGUCUUCAAAAGAUAGCACAAGAUUCAACAAGUCAGAGGCAGGCACAGCAAAUUUUACCUCAGGAAAUGAAAGAUCAACAAACUUCUGUUUAUAUGAUUGGGAGACAUGUUCAGAAAAUAUUACUCAAAUAGAGCGUAAAUUGAAAAGAUGGCAUUAUGAAGUCGAUAUGUUGUAUGAAGGCAAAACAUCUGUUACAAAUCGAAUAAGUUCUCUUAAAAGUUGUGAAGAAAUAAAUACGUCUAAACACAUAAUACCUGGUAAACAAAUCUUGAUCAAAACACCUAACAUGAAUACUCUGAGUACAAGAAAACCAUCAAAAGUCAAUCGAAUUCCCACGGAAGACACAACGAAUGAUCUUUGUAAAUCUGUUCGAUUUGAAGGUAAUAAACGUAAGAAUGAAGUAAAUGAAAUACUUUCAAGUCAAAAUGAUGAAGUAAAAAGUGUUGAACAAAGCAUACAAAUGGAAACGUCUAUUCAAGAUAACUGUGAUGAUACUAUUGAUGCAGAGAAUCAGUUAAAUGAUGACGAUAAAGACAAUGACAAGACUGUUCUAAAUGCUAGUCAAAAACUUGAGAAAAUGACAAAUGAAUUGAAGUCAAUACUUAGUAGAAUACGUCCAGUUUCAUCGAGUUACGGUUAUGUUUUGACCAGCAGAUCUACCAUUGCAUCAAGAAAUGCUAAAUCUGCCAGAAUGGAUGAAAACAAAGGAAAUGAAACUCGAAGAAGUACAGUGGGUAGUUUAAGUGGUAAGCGUACCAUCAGCAGUUAUACAACUCCAAAAGAAUAUCGUGAACUACGUGAACAGUUACGUCGACAAGAAAAUGAAAUGUCUCGUUUUCGUGUAUCACUUGUUAUAUAA